ACUCCACCGCUCGGCACCUCUCUAUCGCAUCGCCAGUGCAGCACGCAGUCCAUAGCAAGCAAGAGAAGAGAGAAGACCGGCUGUGAGGGAGAGAUGGGCAGCAGGCUUGACGCGCGCACGCUCAAGGACGAGGUGGCGAGCAUGGACCGGCGCCCGCUCCUCGACCUCGGCCACCCGCUGCUCAACCGCGUCGCCGACAGCUUCAUCCGCGCCGCCGGAGUCGGAGCGGCAAGGGCUGUGUCGCGGGAGGCAUACUUCGUCGCCGUCGAAGGGAUGGGAGGAGACUCGACGGGGCUGGACAGCACCGCCAAGAGGAACCAUUUCUCGAGCGCCAGAGGGGAUGACGGCCAGAAGUCGCUCGAUGCAGUGGUUAAAUCGGCAAGCAAGGAGGCCAUCCAGUGGGGAUUGGCAGCCGGAGUCUACUCUGGGAUAACAUACGGUCUCAGAGAGGCCAGAGGACACCAUGACUGGAAGAACAGCGCAAUCGCAGGGGCGAUCGCCGGAGCGGCCGUCGCGCUGACAGGGGACAACGGGCACUCCGACCACGUCGUCCAUUUCGCCAUCACCGGAGCCGCACUAUCGAGCGCGGCGACCAUGCUCUCCGGCAUAUUCUAAGCCACGGAGCGCAUCGGGCUAGGGCCAAGAAAUUUGGAGCAGCUCUUGAAAUGUAGUAUUUCCCUUAAAAUUUCUCCAUGUACCUUUGACAGUUUGUGCACUCUGUCCCGUCUGCUAGCUCGCCCUGGAACCAAGCAAGUGCGAAUUUCGUUAGAAUUUCUGCUGUAAUGUUUGCUCACUCUGUUCUAUGUGUUCUAUCUAUGGCACUUGAGAAUGCUCAUGAGUUUGAGACCUUGAA